UAAAAAUUGAAGAUGAGAGUUUUUACAAUUUGAGUAAAAUUAAAGAUCGGAAUACCUUUUUCCUUUUUCCUUAAUUGAAAAUAAAAUAAAAACUCGGAAAGUAUAAUGACAAAUCUACCCCCAGCAUCUUUGGCUUUUGCGUGCUUUCGUCUGAUUUCCUUUUACCAGCUCCUCCCGUUGCCAUCGGAUCCAUCUCAUGAACUUCCAAAUCUAUUUCUUCUGAGUUUUUUAAUGGCUUAAACUUCUCGAUCGGACUUAUGGACAAUGUUUUAGGUUCAAAUAGUCUUGAAGAACUGACCCCACCACCAGGGCGAUCUCUGAUACACUCUCUUCCAGAUGACAUUGCUCUUUCCAUCCUCUCAAGGAUUCCUCGAAAAUACCAUCAAAAUCUAAAAUGUGUCUCAAAUAGAUGGAAAGAUUUAGUGAACAGCCAAGAGUGGUAUGCAUGCCGUGAGAAGAAUAAUCUUGCUGAGACUUGGAUCUAUGCUUUGUGUAGAGACAAGUCUGAACAGCUUUCUUGUUAUGUGUUGGAUCUUAACUCAUCAAAAAGGUGUUGGAAACAGAUGAAAUGUUUGCCUACUUGCAGCUUUAAAAGGAAGGGUAUGGGGUUUGAAGCAAUGGGAAGGAAGCUCUAUGUAUUAGGUGGUUGCAGUUGGUCUGAAGAUGCUACUGAUGAAGUUUACUGCUACGAUACUUCCAUAAAUAGUUGGAGUCCAGUUGCUCCAUUGUCAUCGGCUAGAUGCUACUUUGCAUGUGAAGUCUUAAAUGGAAAGCUCUAUACCAUGGGGGGGUUAUGUCCCAGUUCAGGUGAUCGACAUUCUUGGGAUGUAUAUGAUCCGUGCACCAACACAUGGGAAUCUCACUUGGAUAAUACAAAUAUUCAGAAUGAAAUUGAAGGUUCUAUUGUGAUGGAUGGAAAGAUAUAUAUCCGUCUUCGAUCUGUAGAUUCUCAAGUGUAUGCUCUAGUUUACGACCCAUCCAGCGGAACGUGGCAGCACAGUGACUCAGAAAUGGUUUCAGGAUGGCGAGGUCCAGCAGUUAUCGUUGACAAAACCCUUUACGUCUUGGAUCAAAGUUCUGGGACCAGAUUGAUGAUGUGGAACAAUGAAGACAAGGAAUGGAUUCCAGUAGGGAGAUUUUCUGCCCUUCUGACAAGACCGCCAUGUCAACUUGUCGCCGUUGGGAGAAAAAUUGUAGUUGUAGGGAAGGGACUCAGCAGUGUCAUCUUUGACGUUAGCAACGUGAGGACUAUGGAGGGGUUGAUGGUGAGUUCCUCUAUACCAAGAUCAGAUUCUGAUAUUGAUGUACUUUCCUGUAAAUGUAUAACAAUUUAAGAAGCCACCACCUGAUAGAGAAACCUCCCCUCGUGGCUAUACCAUAAUGUAUAUUACAUACUCCUCUUUGUUGAUGUUCUCAAUGAAUAUCAAUAUAAAGUUCUUGUGAUUAUCCCUAUAA